UAUUCCUAAAAUUCUUUAAAUCAUAGAGCAAAGUCUCGGUUUUGAUUCUUGAAGCAGUUUUCCCUAUGAAAUCUUCCAUCGCUUUACUUAUGAACACUUCCAUUGUUCCACUAUCACCCCUUUUCACUCUAAAUGAAAACCUUAGUCUGCGUUCUCAUGUUCUUGUUAGGAGUGUAAGUAGUGAGGUAUCAUGGGCUUCAGUUAGCAUCAAUGGAGCUUCAUCUGUUAACAAGAAUGAUACUGGGGAUGAAGGAAAAACGAGUAUGCAAAAUGUUGUAGAAGAAUUGGAACCUUUGUGGGAUGAUGGAUAUGGGACACAAACUGCAAAGGAUUACGCCUAUAUAGCCAUGGAUUUGAUUAAGAAUGAUGGAGGACCUCCAAGGUGGUUUUGCCCCAUUGCAUGUGGCAUACCUCUAAAAGAUUCGCCUAUUCUUUUAUAUAUUCCUGGGAUAGAUGGAACUGGAACUGGCCUUGUUGUACAUGAGAAAGCUCUUGGAAAGGUUUUUCAUGUUCAAUGCUUGCAUAUUCCUGUUCAGGAUCGAACACCACUUGAAGGUUUGAUUCAAAUUGUGGAAGAAACUGUGAAGAUUGAACAUAAUUUGUCCCCAAAUAAGCCGAUUUAUUUGCUUGGAGAAUCUUUUGGAGGAACCCUAGCACUUUCAGUCGCUGCUCGUAACCCUACAAUUGACUUAAUACUCAUAUUAGUAAACCCAGCAACUUCAUUUGAGAGGUCACAAGUACACCCUUUAUUGCCACUCCUAAGAGCUCUACCUGAGAAACAUUAUGGGAUGCUACCCUAUGUCAUACCCCCUCUUCUGGGUGAUUUUGUAAAGGUGGCAAUGGUACGAAUAGAUGGUAAUGGUGUAAAUGAUUUGUCAUCUCUUUGGCAAUUUCUUUACAAUUUGACCAAAGAUCUACCACUUCUUUCUAUAAUGGCCAAAAUAUUACCACAAGACACUCUUAAAUGGAGGUUAAAGCUAGUUGAAUCAGCUGCUGCUUAUGCUAAUUCCCGCCUCCAUGCUAUUACAGCUCAAGUACUCGUGCUUGCUAGUGGCAAGGAUAACCUGGUGCCAAGUAAAAAUGAAGCCCAAAGGCUUUCAAGAUUCUUGAAGCACUGCAACGUACGUGUGUUUGAGGAAAAUGGGCACACAAUCCUAUUGGAGAAUGGCGUUAAUUUGCUGUCCACUAUAAAGACUAGUAAGAUGUAUCGCCGUUUUUCUAAGCAUGAUGUUGUUAAGGACUUUUUGCCUCCUAGCAUGAGAGAGUUCAAAAGCUCACCAAUGGGGUCUUGGUGGCAUCGCCUUUCCAUGGGUGCAGCAAUGUUCUCAACAAUGGAGGAUGGAAAAAUAGUGAGAGGUCUUUCAGGGAUUCCAGAUGAAGGUCCCGUAUUAAUAGUUGUUUCUGGAAAAAAUCUUUUUAAAUUGUUAGCAACAAAAUCUUAUACACUACUUUACCCCGGUGGUCUACGCGAGGCUCUCCAUCGUAAGGGUGAAGGUUACAAAUUGUUUUGGCCUGAAAAACAAGAAUUUGUAAGAAUGGCAGUGAAGUUUGGAGCCACCAUUGUUCCAUUUGGAGUUGUUGGUGAAGAUGACAUAUCACAAAUAAUCCUUGAUUAUAAUGACAUGAAGAGAAGCCCUUUUAUUAAUCAAAUGCUCAAUGAUUUAAACCAAGGGAGAACAAACUUGAGAGAGGGGAUGGUUGGAGAGAUAGCUAAGCAACCACUUCAUCUUCCUAUACUUUCACCCAAACUACCGGGUCGACUCUACUAUUUAUUUGGGAAGCCUAUACGGACAAAAGGAAAGGAAAAUAUGUUGGAUGACAAAGAUUAUUUGAGGGAAUUGUACUUGAAAAUACAAUGUGAAGUUGAAAAGAAUGUGGAUUAUUUGUUAAUGAGGAGGGGGGAGGAUCCUUAUAGGGGUUUGGUUGAGAGGCUUGUGUGGGUAACAACUAUUGGUUCUUUGGAUCAAAUCCCGUCAUUUGAGCCAUAAUGUUAAGUUAUAUUGCUAUAUGUAACUUUUGUUUAGGAAU